AUGUCUCGUCCGACGGUUGGUACCAUUGGUGCGCUCAUCGUCGUCGCUUUCAUUUUGACAACAAUAGCCGUGUUCACCAAAGGAUGGAUUGUCUUUACUGUCAGCUACUUUGGAGUCAAAGCAAGUGAAGGAGUGGGCAUAGUGCCUUACCGUUCGAAUGAAGUGACAUGGUUCGCCGCAGCCAGUUGGCUCAUGUUCAUCUCUUUCGGCCUGUUCUUCCCGCUUUUUGUCGUCUACUUGCAUGCUGGGUAAGUGAAAUUCGAUUAAUACAGUUUUAUAAUAGAGUUUUACAGAUAUAAAGUCCACCGUCACGGAUGUUGCCACAGUAUCCGCCACUCUUUCCACGGAAUCUCGCUGCUCGCCUCGCUGAUAACAAUAAUGCAGGCAGUUGCGUUCAUUCUCGUGGCAGUCAACUGCACCCACUAUUCUGCAUAUGCCAGCGAACAGGUAAUUGAGUUAUAACUUUUUUUAGGUUUACAAAUAUAUUUUUCAGCUGGGCUUCUCAGCCUACUUGGCACUUGUCUCCGCAAUCUUCACCACCAUCGCGAUGAGUCUCUCCGGAUUCCUCUUAUUUUAA